UGCAUGUGCGAGUCAAGAAGCGUAGACGUCGGUGAUACGUCCAUUCUUUGAUUAUUUUAGGCAUAUAUUCUGGCAGUGUUUGUUCUUUAAAUCAAGUGAAGCAGUUUUAAAAUGAAUAAUGGUUCGUCUGGUAGUGAAGACGAUCUGAAAACAGUUCACCAAAGAGAAAUAAGGACACAGUGCCGAAAGAGGGAAAUUGCAGGUACAGCUAGUGUGAGUGGCACAAGUCAACAAAGCCCCUUAUUAAUAACGGACAGAGAAAAUGAGUCUAUAGUUGGUUUAGAAGGUUACGACUCCGAUAGGGAUAGAGAAUACUUACCAGAAACAUCUUCUGAGAGCGGUUCAGAAAACAAGGGAAAUUAUAGAGUUGAGGUGGAGCAGAAUAAGACAAUGACUCGAAAACGAAAAAGGAAUCCAUCGACUUGGCAGAUUAAUAUAAGAAAAAAGGCCCAUGAUUCAUGGAAGGAAUACUUAUCCGUAAGAAAAAACAUGUUCCAGCAAAGGCUAUUAGACAAAAAGAACUACCUAAAUAAUUGUCUAUAUAGCUGCCAAAAAUUAAUUACAGCUGAUGAACGGAACAAAAUAUUUGAAAAUUAUUACAAACCUGAUGUUCAAACAAAAAAACUUGAUCUCAACAACGCAAAAGUUUCCUGUGCAGAGACGUUGAAAAGGAAAGGAAAGAAUAAUAGUCGUCGAAAGUUUACUUUUCAUUAUUUCUUUAAUGUAGGUUCUAACAGAAUUCAAGUCUGUAAAUUAUUUUAUUUGCGAACACUUAAUAUAAGCCAGACCCCAAUAUACAAUGCUCAUUCAAACAAAGAAACAGAAUCAAACACUACGAAAAAAGGUACCCAAGCAAGAAACACAAACAAGAAGCAGAUAAAAUAUUUGUUAAAAUGCACAUAGAGAGCCUCCCAAAAGUAGAAUCCCACUACUGCCGCAGUACCAGUACUAGAGAAUAUUUGGAGUCAUCCUUAAGUAUCAAGAAAAUGUAUGACAUGUAUGUUGAAAGAUGUGAAGCUGAGAACAGACAACCAGUAAAAGAGUCUUUCUACAGACAUAUUUUUUGCAAUGAUUACAAUCUCCAUUUCCAUAUUCCAAAAAAGGACCAAUGUGACUUGUGUGAGGAAAUUAAACUAUUGAAAAGAGAAGAUAGAUUGACAAAUGAGAAAAAUGUACAGUUUAUAAAUCAUUCUACAGAAAAGGCAGCUUGCCGCGAGGAAAGGCAAAAAGAUAAAGGAAAUUUGAAUACAUAAAUGCUCUGUUUUGAUUUACAAAAUGUUUUAUCAUGUCCUCGCGCAGAGAUUAGUAAUUUCUACUACAGAAGCAAGUUUAAUGUAUAUAAUCUGACUGCAAUACUCUUGAUGGCACGAAGUGGUAAUGAUAUUGCUAGCUCAGUUAUAACUAUUUUGGACCGGGUACUCAUUGACAAUCCAGAUAUUAGCAGUCCACAAAAUAGAAACUCAUUGA